CGCCGACGAGGCGACGGGGGCGGGCGGCCAGCGGGGCGACAGCUGGGGGGGCGGCCCUGACCUUCCUGCGAGAUCGAUGGGGCGCAGCCGGGCUGCGCGUUGCGCCCCCGGCCCGCCCCUCCUGGGCGCGCUAUAAAUGGGGCGGCGGCGGGCCGGUGGCCGUGGCGCUCAGCACCCGCCCAGCCCCCGCCGCGCCCACCAUGGCCGCCGGACCCUUCCUGCUGUUGCCGUUGCUCCUCCUGCCAGGCUCCGCUGCACGCCCCGCCGCCCCCAGGGCCCCUAGGCACUCCGACGGGACGUUCACGAGUGAGCUCAGCCGCCUGCGGGAGCGCGCGCAGCUGCAGCGGCUGCUCCAGGGCCUGGUGGGGAAGCGCAGUGAUCAGGACACAGAGAACAGCACCGCCUGGACCAAGGCUGCCCAGGGCCGCUCCUGCCUGCUGUGGUCAGAGGUGCCUGCCCCGCAGGCCUGGAUUCCCUUGAGGGACCACCUGCAGCAGGCCUGGUCUCCCCCACUGCCGCCACGACUGAGCUCUGGGGCAAUGGUUUCAGAGCCAGCCAGCCCUGCUGCAGGGACCCAGAUGAGGCCCUGAUGAAGAAGGCACCUUGCCCCCACCGAUGUGGAGCAGAGCCGAGCUUGGACGGGCAGGUGGAGGGGUUGUGGGGUUGCGGGGUUGCACUUGGCGGCA